AUUAUAAAAAAGUGUUCCAAAAAAUAACUUAAAAAAACAAAAAUUUUUAAAUCUCAAAUAUCAAUAAAAAAGAAGGUAAUUUUUAUAACAUCUUCUCCCAAAUAACAACCUUGACCUUGAAAUAGCGCAGAAAAAAAAAAUUGGAUGCUAAAUAAAAAUCAUUUAAUAAACAAACUUGUUUUUAAUCACUACGAAACAAUACACUACUGCUGUCAUAAAAAAUAAAAUUCUGCUGAUCACUUAAAAUAUGAUUACAAUAACAAUUUUAAUGUUGCUAUAAAAUAAACAACAUCUGAUCAUCUCAACAUCUUUGUCUGAAAACUCAGCUAGAUCUGAUUCUUGAGAGUCACCAUGAAAUUUUUGAAAAUGUCAAUAAGUGCCAGUCAAAUAAAAGCUUUGCUGCGCAAGGACUUUUUAGUGCGUUGGCGUACAAAGUGGUUGACUGCAGUACAAAUCUUAUGGCCCUGUAUUAUAUUCCUCCUACCCUAUCUGAUACGUUUAAAAUAUGAACCGGUCCAUCAUGAAGCCUGCCAAUUUCCCACACGUCAGCUGCCUACUGCUCGUAAUACAAUGCCGGGAUUUUUAUCCUACAUCUGUAGCAUUGAAAAUAAAUGCUCAAGUACGGAAAAUUAUGAAGAAUAUUCUAAAUUAGAAAAAGCACCCAUGAAACCGAUUAUUGAUAUCGUGCAAAUAUUCAUUAAUGAAGAUCGCAUGUUUACCGCUCUAGUCGAAUUACCGGAAAAGGCAAACUUUAUAAGUGCCGUGACAACUUUAGUAACAAACAGUCACUUUGAUGAUAUAAGAAGAAAUAUUGAGAAAGUUAUAGCUUUAGUGCCCGAUGUGGAAAAAGCUUUAAAUGGCAGUUUUGAUAUAAAGAAAUUAUUCUCAGAUCGCAAAACUUUUGUGAAAGCUGGUAAUUUAUUAUGUGGCCAUCCGUUUCCCAAUACUGAAACUAUACCUUUGGUGGAAGAUAUCUUAUAUUCUGAGGAUUUCAGUGAGGCCAAUCAAGAUGAAUUAAAUGUUAUGCCCACCCCUUAUUGUAAACGUUUAUAUUUGGAUGUGACUAGUUCCAAUUAUGGUAAAAUAACUUGGGAAACGAUAAAGCCCAUUAUUCAUGGCAAAAUUCUAUAUGCCCCCGAUACGGCUGAUACUAAUUCCAUAAUGAAAUUUUCCAAUUCAACCUUUGAAGAACUGAAUCGCUUAAAAAUGUUAUCGGUAGCAUUGGAGCAAAUUCUCACUAAGUUGCGUGAAGAUAAACCCUUUCAGGAUGGUUUUGACGGUCUGAUUCGUUUGGCUCAGACUCCAUUUGUUCGCUCAAUUAUUGGUGAUGAAAUUGAUAUGGAUCAAAUUGAAGCUGUUAUACAACGUAUACGUACCGAUCCCAUUAUCUAUGAUGUCAUAACAACCAUCAAAAAUAUUCUAGAAUGUUUUUCGGUAGAUCGUUUUGAAGCCUAUGAUACUGAAUCAGAGUUAAGACGUAAAGCUUUUGAACUAAAUCAAAAGAGACUAUUUUAUGCGGCUAUAUAUUUUAAUGAAACUGAGACAGAAAAUGUUUCCUAUAAGUUCCACAUGGAUACUCAAAAUACACAACCCACAAUAGAAAAUCGUAAUCGUUUUUGGUUCCCCGGACCGGCAGGAAGUAUGUUAAUGGAUAUGAAAUAUCAUCGAGGUUUUGUACAAAUUAAACAAUCUCUUGAUUUGGGUAUAAUAAAGCAUAAAAAAGAGAAACUGAAAAAGCAAGGUUUACUAGCGGAAGUACCAAUUACGACUACACCUAAAAGUUCCUUCUCCAUAAAAGUGGUCACUGAUGAAGAUGCUGCUGAUGCUGAAGAUGAAGACGAAGAUGAUGAUGAUUGGUUUACCGAUUCAAAUAAAACCGAAAGUUCCAAUGUUCCCCGUCCUACCUCUAGUUUAAUAUCAAGCCUAUCCGCUGGCAUAGCCGAUCUUAAAGAUUCUGUAAGAUUACCUACCCAAGUGAACAUACAUGAUUUAGCUGCCACUACAGAACAGAAUUUUAAUGAUUCUGCUACUACUUUAGUAAUACAAGAGCUUCCAAAACCUACCACUUUUUAUACGGAUUUAAAUGAUAGCUCAGAGGAGGAUGAGUUGAAUCUGGAUAUCUUACGGAGACAAAAACGUCAAGGUUUCUUUGACUUUUUAUUGGGUUUUAGUGAUGAUUCAGAUGGUACUCUUAAAUAUGCUAUAGAUGAUUUGGAAUUUCAUACGAAACAGUUCCCAUAUCCAGCUUAUACGGAGGAUGAUUUCAAAACUGGUAUUUAUUUGGCUCAAGCUAUACAGUGUGCAUUCUUUUUGGGUCUAGUAGCAGAAAUCGCCUCUUGUGUGAGACAUUUGAUAUGGAUGCGAGAGUCGAGAAAUUCUAUGAUCAUGCGCUCUAUGGGCUUGAAACCUUGCUCCGAAUUGACUUCCUGGUGUAUAGUGACUUUUUUGGAAUUACUUAUAAUAUUUAUCGGCUGCAGUAUUAUUUUAUAUUCAGGCGGUAUGGUGGUCUAUACCAAAUGGUUGUUUGUUAUGAUUUAUCUCUGUAUCUUUGGAGCUUGUCUUAUAUCUUUCUGCUACUUGUGUUCAACUUUCUUUAUGUCAGCCACGAUAGGAGCUGUAGCCACCGCUGUCAUUUUCUUCAUUACCUUCUGUCCUUACAUUAUAGUUUUACUAUUUGAUGCUCAAUUGAAUUCUUUGCAAAAUUUUGCCAUUAAUUUAUCUUUUACCACUGCAUUUGCUCAUGGCUGGAGUCAUAUUAUGCGCAUGGAAUUGCAAGAAGUUGGUUUAAGUUUUGAGUCAGUAUUUCGUGAAGGUUUAAGGGGAGAAUACGGUUUUGCUUUGUUUAUGAUUGUACUGGAUUUGUGUAUUUAUACAUUUAUUGGUUAUGUUCACCAGAGAUUUAAGGAUGAUGAAUUCCGUUUUACUGAAGUCCAAAGAGAAGAUUUAGAUUCUAGUGUGGGUGCUACACUGACAAAUGUUACCAAAGUUUAUAAUGAAAAUAAAAUUGCUGUUAGCGACAUUUCCCUAUCGUUUCCCAGAAAUCAAGUCACUUGUCUGUUGGGUCGUAAUGGUGCUGGAAAGAGUACAAUAAUAAAAAUGCUUACCGGUCAGGUGGUGCAAACAACUGGUCGUGUUAUUCUUUCCCAGGCUAUGUCUAACUCUACCGAUUAUGAUAAGAUUGGUGUUUGUGCCCAGGAUAAUAUUUUGAUACCAAAUCUAACGGCUCGUGAGCAUUUGGAAAUGUAUGCAAAAAUAAAAUUGAAAAAUGGUUACGAAGCGGAAGUUAAUAAAACUCUAAAGAAUUUAAAUUUUGGAAAACAUGAAAGUUAUCAGGCUUCACAGUUAUCGGGUGGCUAUCAGAGGCGAUUGUGUGUGGCGAUAGCUUUUAUAGGAUCUCCCAAUGUUGUGAUCUUAGAUGAACCUUGCAAUGGUGUUGAUAAUAAAGCCCGUAAAGAUAUAUGGGACCUUAUAGAGAGAUUACGUAAAGGAAGGGCUGUCAUAUUUGCCACACAUUUCCUCGAUGAAGCUGAACAUCUUAGCGAUGUUAUAGUCAUCAUGAAGAAUGUAAGGAAAAAUAUAGCCAAACAUAAUCCGGAAACUUUGAAAAAUCAUUGUACCUCUUACUAUGAAGUCUACAUGAAUUGCUGUGAUUCACAAACUUCUGAUGAAAUUACCAAAAAGGCCGAUAAACUGCUGACCAACUUUAGAGAAUUAGAAAAAUCUUCUACCACCGAUUUAAGGUUAAGAAUAUCCUACGAUCAACAGAAUGAAAAUUCAUCGGAAUAUUUGAAAUAUUUACAAGAACUACAAAGUCAGGGAAGAAUAAAGGAUUUGAGUGUAGAAACGGAAAAUUUGGAACAUGUUUUCAAGAAUUUGGAUAAGAAUUGUAAUGGCAGUGUUAGAUUCAAUGGUCAUGCCAUCGAUAUGAUGCAAAAUGUUAAACUAAAGAAAGAUUUCGGUUGGGAUAUGGUACGUGAGACGCCCUUGACUAGAUUCGAAGCCAUGCGCCAAUUGUUCUGGAAACGUUUAGUGCAUUUUAGCCGCAACAACAAAAUGUGUGUUGUGCGUAAUAGUAUACCGGCUCUCUUUGAAAUUUGUGCCAUGUGGUUUGUGGCUCAGCCUGAAGAUGAUUUUGAUAAAACCAUACAAUUAUCACGUGAUCUAUAUCCCAAGACCACACAAAUGUUAAGUAUGGAAAAAUCUUUAGAUUUUACCCAAAAAGUUUAUGAUAAUAUGAAACAGGAUUGUUCUGCCGAAAUGCCCUGUAAACAAUUUCAUAAUUCGGAAAGAUCAUUCUAUUGGAUUCUAGAGACUUUGAAUGAUUAUCAAGAGAAACGUUAUGGUGGUUAUAGUUUCAAUGAUAGCAAAUCUAUAGUUUGGUAUAAUAACAAAGGUUAUCAUGCCAUGAUGGCCUGGUUAAAUGAUAUGAAUUCCUAUCUGCUGCAAAUCGAAACAAAUGAUACCAACUAUAAAAUAACAGCCUAUAAUGAACCCUGGGAAUUGGGUUAUAUGGAAUUGAGUACAACAUCCAUUUUACGCCAGGCUGGUGACUCCUGUAUGGCUUUCAUUUUGCUCAUAGCCUUUUCAAUGGUGGUGGCUGUAGCCUCGGUAUAUCUAGUCAAUGAACGUGUUAAAGGUGAAAAGUUACAGCAGAAAUUGUGCGGUGUCGAUGCCUCCACCUAUUGGGGUGUGGCUUUCGUUUGGGACUUUUUGAUUAUGAUUUUAGCAGUAUUGGUAUGCAGUUCCAUUAUUCUGGCUUUUGAUAUGCCAGUGUUCACCGAUCGCCAGCAACUGUGGGGUGUUAUUGUCUUGGCCUUAUUCUUUGCUUUUGCCUGCAUACCUGCCGUUCAUGUCUUCGAAAAGUGUUUCGCCGAUUCCAGUGUGGCCAUUGUUACGAUUUUCAUCUUAAAUGUCAUCAUACCUCUCUUCACCAUGUCCAUUAUUGUAUUAUUGGGUGUGGUGGGUGAUUCUGCCACCUGGGAUGAGUGGCGUUUCUUCUUAAAUCAUCGUUUAUUCCUUAUCUUCCCUCAGCAUGCUUUAGGCGAUGGUCUACUCGAAAUAUGUAAAAAUUAUAUGGUUGCAUUGGUUUUCAAACGUUACGAUAUUGAUUCUUAUAAAAAUCCUGUAACCAGUGAUUUGCUUAAACCCCACUAUAUCUCAUUAACCAUAUUGGGUAUAUUGUUUAUAUGUAUCAAUGUCCUGCUAGAGUCCGGUUUAUGGUAUAAGUGUAAGGAGAAAUCAGUGAGUGUGGGUCUAUUCCAAGCCAAAGAUAAGAAACAUUUUGAAGAAUUGAAAAUUGUUUCAAUACAAAAUUCUCUUAAGAGAAAUGAUAAAAUGGAUAGUACACCUGCUUUAAAAGUGGAAAAUCUUUGCAAAUCCUAUGGUAAAAAUCAAUAUGCAGUAUCGAAUAUAACGUUCUCGGUUAAUGCAGGAGAAUGCUUUGGUUUAUUGGGUAAAAAUGGUGCUGGCAAAUCGACUAUUUUCAAAAUGCUGUCGGGACAAGUGCAACCCAAUGUGGGUCAUAUUGUCUAUGAAAAUCCGGAAAUUUCCUAUUGUCCUCAAACUAAUACUUUGGAUUCCUUACUUACUGUGCGAGAAUGCAUAGAAUUUUAUGGACGUCUAAGACGUAUUACCAAUAUACCCAAGUUGGUUGCCAGCAUUUUGGAAUCUUUUCAACUGGAAACGUAUCGUGAUGUAUUGGUGAAAAAUCUAUCAGGUGGUAAUCGUCGUAAAUUAACAGUGGCUACUUCUUGUUGUGCCACUUCUGUGGUUUUAAUGGAUGAACCAACCAGUGAUAUGGAUCCGGUAACCAGAGCAAUUGUUUAUCGUACAAUAGAUGAUUUGUUGGCCGAAAAGAGAGCAAUAGUUUUAACUUCUCAUUCAAUAUCGGAAAUUGAUGAAACAUGUCAUCGUAUUGCCGUGCUGAAAGAGGGUCAAAUGUUAACCUGCAGUAGUCCUGAUAAUUUGAAAGCUCAAUAUGGUGGCUAUUAUAAUGUUACUGUCUAUUGUGAUCAGGAUAAGAUUAAUAAUUUGGAAAAGGAAAUACGCCGUAAAUUUUCCGAUUGUAAAGAUUUACAACUUUAUGCUCAUUCCAUUAAGUUUAGUUUGAAAGUUCAGAAUCCGAUUCAUAAUGGUGAUAAAGCUAAAGAGGUAAGAUAUUGA